CACAGACCAGUUUAUUGGAAGUAUUAAAAUUGAUGGAUGAAUAUUUUCAUUUUUGUUCAAUUUUUAGUUUCCAUAGCAAUUUGUAUUGUUUAUCGGAAUUUAAUAUGCUAUUUGGGAAAAAGUGAUGGAUUACAGUAUUACAAAGAGUUGUAGUAAUAUCAUUGACAUAUGUAAUAGUAUGGCUCCCUAUCUUCCUUAUAUACUGUUGUUUUGAGUUUUUAAACAUUUUAAGAACUCCUUUCAAUGCUAUUAAAUAUUCAUAUAUAAAAAUUAUUUUUUUAAAUAAGAAACAAUCACCACUCCGUAUAAGAAUAUACCAUGUCAGAUCGUAGUAACUUCCCCCCUCUCCCUCCUCCUUUAUGUCGUGUUUAUUAUGUUUUGUUGGUGUUUUAAGCACUGUUGAGUGCUAUCUAGAAUAAAUAAAAAUGGCUGGACUGGGGAUGAUGAAUGAUUGUUUCGUUUUACAAUAAUUGAGGAUAGCAAAAGAAAAUUAAAAUCUUACUUGAAUCAACAUGAAAUUUAAUGGAAAAGGUUCUAAAUUGUUUAACACAACCGUAUGAACAUUCUUACUGAAACGUUAAUUUGAAUUUAUAGCACUCAUAACUUUAGCGAUUGAUUAGUACACUACUCACUGAAGCAUCUCCGUAUGAAUUUCCAGCAUUUGCUAUGGCGUUACUUUUGCUAUUAUGAUUGAGUAUUAAUGGAAUAUCAUUUUCCUCUAUAGGGAUAGUAUCAUUUAAUUCCACUGUUUGAACAGUUCCAAUUGGACCAUCAGGUAAUGUAAUUAGAGUAAUUAAUUUAUAUUUAAUUCCUGCUAAAUCCGACAUUUUUCGCCAAAUGCCAAUGUGACUUUUAUCUGUUGUCUUUCUGUAGAAUUCAAUUUUUGUUAAAUGUCCAGAGCAGACAAAUUUUAAGUCAACUAAAAAGGUUGCAUGGUCUUGACCACCUUCAUUUCUGUCAAUUAGAUCGUGUCCAUACACAUUUUGCUUGUUGGAACAAUAUGGAUUUCUCUCUGCAAAAGUAGACUAUUAAUUUCAGAAGAAACCGGUAGGAGAAUAUUCUGUAUAUAUUUACUAUAGACAUUUUUUGGGAUAAAUUCAAGGUUGAAAGCAUAAUAUUUGUUAUAAACAUGUGAAUUAAAAUUAAUAUUUUUAUAAACUGGUAGUUUCAUAAAAAAUUUAACAGCUGUAAUUAUCUAAAAAGACAUAGAAUAUAAUUUUAUAAUUUGACAUCCUAUAUAUAAGAAAGUUCCAGUCACCUUAUAAAAUUGUGCAUUUCCAGGAUUAUCUCCUUUAUAGGAUACAAUACCAUGUUUUGAACCUUCAAGAAACUCAAAUGCCAAAUAAUCAGUUGUUGAAAUUUCCAUUGGAAUAUCAAAUUUUACAGUUCUUUGUUCGAUUGCAGUAGUUUUUGUAAUUGUUCUAUAAUCUUUCUUAUUAUAUUUCAAGCCCAAAACAUUUUUCCAAACUGCCAAAUGAAAUGGAUAAUCUUCACCAGUUGUUAGAUAAGUUAUAGAUGUUAUGUAGCCAUUACAGGGAAUAGUAAAAUCUGUAAGCAAAUUAAUAUGGUCCAAUUGAGAAAAAAUAAAACGUAUAAGAGGAAAUCCAAGAGUUGCAUUGUGACAAUUUUCACUUUGAAGUGUUACUGGAAAAUUUAGUAGUAAGAUAAAAAUCUGGAAAAACAUACUACUAGAUCAGACAAGCAAAUAAAACACACUCAAAACAAUUCAAGGAAAAUUCAAUUAUUUACUGAUUUAGCUUUCCUUUCUUUUCAUAUAUUGUAUUUAAUAGUGCUUUUUUUCAUAUUUCACGAGUUUUAUUUUAAUAUUUAUAAAUUAAACACUUUGUUUAUCAAUUAUUCUAUGGAAACUUGAUGAAUUCUGUUAUUUUUGGCGCAUGAAAAAUUUAGUCCAUUUUGAAUAUUCAAAAUGAAUUUUAAUCCUUUUAUUAUUAUGUUAUAUCUAUGUAUUUUACUUUUACUGAUGAAGGUUGAGUAUUUCAUGUGAAGUAAGUGAAGAUGCUCUAAUUAAUAUAGCUGAUGUUGAACUGGGAGCCACUUGUACCUAUUCUUCUGUUGGAGCUACUGUUAAAAGAUGUAUACUAUUGUCGAUCCUGGAUUCAACUUUUUCAAUGAUUAUGCUAAACAGAUGGACGGAAAUAUUUACAAUGUACAAUUUAUGAAUGACGUUGUCUAUCACCUUCCUUCACAUUUUCAAGGUCAUUCAAGAUCGAUAAAGUUCAAGGUUAAAGGUUACAAUUCUAGUCGUCAGCUUUAAAAAUAAAACUACAAAGCAAAUUGUAUUAAAAUUGGACAUGCUCAACAAUGAUAUUGAAACUUCUUCCAUUCAAGUUGAAGAAACUGUUGGAAAAGUGUUUGAAUUCGGAAGAUAUACAUCAUUAAUUCAUUGCGACAGAUGGAAUGAAUUUUGGCUUUUAUGGUCUGAUAAUGAAAUCCAAUUUGGAUUUGAUAAAGCAUAUGGAGAGAAUCCAUUAGCAAAAAUACCAGUAACAACACCUUUAGAUAACCCUGAUAUUGUUCAAAACAGUUUAGGAAACAUCUUGAAUCUAGUUCAACUGUCAGAUGAAGAGGGAAAAAAAUUGAAUUCUAGAGAUUGCAGUAUUCAUAAAGAUUAUGAUAUUUUGGAUGGAUUAACUAACUAAGGCAAAACAUUUUUCAACAAGAUGGGGCAAGAUGUCAUACAUCAAAAAUGUCCAAAUUCUUCCUGAAAAGAAAUAGAAUAAAAUAUAUUAAAGACUGGCCUGCCAACAGUCCGGAUCUAAACAUCAUAGAGAAUCUUUGGGCAGCCUUAAAGAAAAAGGUUAAUGCAAAAAUACCCAAAAAUAUGGAUGAGUUAAAGUUGAUAAUAUUUUG